CUUUGUCUCAUAUGUGCAGAGUUCAACUAUGGCUGCUAGAAGGUUUGCUUCCUUAACGAGAUUCCGCGAGAAGAGAAGGGAAAAAUGUUUCGAUAAAAGAAUAAGAUAUAGUGUGCACAAGGAGGUUGCCCAAAACGUAAAGGCCAAUUUGCUGGGAGGUCAGAUUUUGAUGAUGGUGGCUGUUCUUCUGUGGCUUUGGCCUCUCCAGCUAACGGCGAGGAUGAUCAUUUUCGAGAAACCCAGUGAGUUAGUUGUCAUGUGUGUCAACUAUCAACUGUGUGACUGUGUGUAUGUGCAAAUCGUGUUACAUCAGCUUCAUAUGCAGAAGGCUGCUGCCUUUUUGUAUAGACUAAUGUUGGCCUGCUUUGCUAGUUGCCAAAAUUGUGGCAUCAGCUCAAGUCUUACUCCAGCAAUGCGUCGGGGCCCAGCUGGUCCAAGGUCCCUCUGUAAUGCUUGUGGCCUAAUGUGGGCAAAUAAGGGUACUCUAAGAAGUCCUCUGAAUGCCCCCAAAAUGACUCUGCAGCAUCCUGCCAAUCCGAGCAAAAUGGGAGAUACAGAUGACAAAAACUCAAUUGUGCUUCCUGCAAAGCAUAUUCAAGCUGCAGUCAAAACUGACUCUGAGAUGACGCCAGAACAGGAGCAGAAGCUAGACAUGCACCCACCAACAGAAGAAGAUAUCAAGGCAGUUUCAUGACAAGUACUUAAAUAUGUGUAUAUAAAUUGAGACAUAGGUUUCUGUCAGAAACUCCUGACUUUAGGAUAACAUAUAAGUUGGAGAAUCAGAAACUAACAAAAGCAGUUGCAUUGCACCAAAAAAAAAACGCAUGCAAUUGGGCUGCCACAUUUAUUUCCUCCAUGUACCCUAUUCAUAUUGUAUGAUUUUAUCGCAGACAGCAAAUCAAUCUUUUUUACCCUGUUU